AAUUAUUCUGUAAGGGCACGAGAAGUAACUCACAUAGAGUGGUGUAGAACUGUAGCAAAAAUGGGAAUUACAGUAAUAUCUGCCAUAUUCAUGUGCAUUUUUAUGCACUCUAGCGGCGCUUUCUCUGUGAAGGAGCUGGCUGAUCUACCACAGCCGGUGAAUGGGCUGUCCUGGACGUUCUACGGUAGAAGCUGCCCCAACUUGGAGUCGAUUGUGAAGGAGCGCAUCGAAUUUUAUUUGAAGAAAGAUAUCACCCAGGCAGCCGGAUUGCUGAGACUUCAUUUCCAUGAUUGUUUUGUGCAGGGUUGCGAUGCAUCCGUAUUAUUAGACGGAUCAGCCAGUGGGCCAAGCGAGAAGGAUGCUAUACCAAACUUAACCCUGAGGGCCCAAGCAUUUGCCAUUAUCAAUGACAUCAAAAAGAGGGCGGAAUCUUCCUGCAAGGGAACUGUCUCCUGCUCAGACAUUUUAGCUCUUGCCGCUCGUGACUCCGUCACCAAGGCUGGAGGACCCUUUUAUCCUGUACCGUUGGGUAGAAAAGACGGGUUGAACUUUGCAACCCAACAAGCAACUCUUGACAGCUUACCUCCUCCAACAUCAAAUGUUACGGGACUGAUGAGUGUUUUAAGCAAGCUGGGGCUGGAUUUGAAGGACCUUGUGGCGCUAUCAGGAGGACACACCAUUGGUAUUGGGCACUGCUCGUCUUUCACUAGCCGUCUGUACCCAGCUCAGGAUUCCACUUUGGAGAGAAACUUCGCCAACGACCUGAAAAAAACUUGCCCGAAAAGCGAUACAGACAACUUUACCGACUUGGAUCUGAGGUCUCCAAACGCAUUCGACAACAAGUACUAUGUGGAUCUGAUGAACAAGCAAACUCUUUUCACCUCUGACCAGACGCUUUACACUGACCCCAGAACUCGUGACAUUGUGAAAAGCUUUGCAGUUGACCAGAAUUUGUUCUUCGACAACUUUGUUGCGUCGAUGAUCAAGAUGGGACAGCUCAACGUUUUGACUGGAAAUAGAGGCCAGAUUCGCAGAAGCUGCAAUGUUCGCAAUCCCACUGCUGCGUAUUCUUACGAACACCCAUCAAUCCAGUCUUCAGAAAACUCGGAACAAUCGUUAUCUACCUCCCUGUAAUCCUUCUGUCAUGUUACGCCUACCCAUCAGCCCAAUCUGUCCCAUAAUUAUGAAUAAUCUAUGCAAUGCCCCUUUUAGUGCAAUAUUUCAGUAAUAUGUCUUUACGUGUAGCUGUCGGAGUUAUGACAAUAAGAGCAACUCUUUUGAACGAGUUCUCCACGGAUGAUCUUGAUUGCGUCUGUUUGUGAUUAGCGAGAUCAUUUGUAUGUUUUGAAAAAGUGACGAGAAUGAUACCACGGUCCAUUCA